AAUAGGUGUCACUGUGUGCGAGCCCAAUCGCGCUCCGUGCCUGCAGCCAUUGGCUCCGGCUGCCGCUCCGCUCCCAGCCCUGCCCGCACAACUCGGGCUCGCCGGCAGCCUGGCACUGCCACCGUGCGCUGCUCCUGCCCUCUGCCCCGGCUGUAGCGCUGCCAGGCGCUUCCUGAUCGGGAAAGCUGGAAGGAAUGAUGGGGAUGUGUUUAACGGUUCAAGUACUGGAUCAAACUUAAACUCAGUUUCUUACUCCGGAUGCUGGAAAGGUCACCUUGUCUUGCUGACUCUCAGCUCUGCUGCUUUCGGUGUUCCAGCUUCCACGUAGAUUCCUAAAUGUUCCUGGCUAGUUAGGCUGUGGUCUUUACUCACGGGUAUACUGAUGGUAGAUGAGAAAGGAAAGAACAUGAAAUGUCUCACCUUCUUCUUGAUGCUUCCAGAGACGGUCAAGAACAGGUCUAAGAAGAGCUCUAAGAAAGGAAAUAGCAGCAGCAGUAGCAACAGCAAAUUGCCUCCUGUUUGCUAUGAAAUCAUUACCUUGAAGACCAAAAAGAAGAAGAAGAUGGCUGCUGAUAUUUUUCCCCGAAAGAAACCAGCUAAUACUAAUACAACUGCUGUCCAGCAGUACCAUCAGCAAAAUCUCAAUAACAACAACACUAUUCCUGCACCUAAUUGGCAAGGACUUUAUCCAACCAUCAGAGAGAGAAAUGCAGUGAUGUUCAACAAUGACUUGAUGGCAGAUGUUCAUUUUGUGGUCGGGCCACCAGGUGGGACCCAGCGGCUGCCAGGACACAAAUAUGUCCUGGCUGUUGGGAGCUCAGUAUUCCAUGCAAUGUUUUACGGAGAGCUCGCUGAGGACAAAGAUGAAAUCCGUAUACCAGAUGUUGAGCCUGCUGCUUUCCUUGCAAUGCUGAAGUACAUCUAUUGUGACGAGAUCGAUUUGGCAGCAGACACUGUCCUGGCCACUCUUUAUGCUGCCAAGAAGUACAUUGUCCCUCACCUGGCCCGUGCCUGCGUUAACUUUCUCGAGACAAGCCUGAGCGCAAAGAACGCCUGCGUGCUGCUCUCCCAGAGCUGCUUAUUCGAGGAACCUGACCUGACCCAGCGCUGCUGGGAAGUGAUUGAUGCCCAAGCUGAGCUCGCUUUGAAGUCUGAGGGCUUCUGUGACAUUGAUUUCCAGACACUCGAAAGCAUUCUCCGAAGGGAGACUCUGAAUGCCAAAGAAAUCGUCGUUUUCGAGGCGGCUCUGAGCUGGGCUGAGGUGGAGUGCCAGCGGCAGGAGCUGACGGCCACCAUCGAGAACAAGCGCAAGGUGCUGGGCAAGGCUCUCUACCUGAUCCGCAUCCCCACCAUGGCCCUGGACGACUUCGCCAACGGCGCCGCCCAGUCGGGGAUCCUGACUCUGAACGAAACCAACGACAUCUUCCUGUGGUACACGGCCGCCAAGAAGCCGGAGCUGCAGUUUGUCAGCAAGCCCCGCAAGGGCCUCGUCCCUCAGCGCUGCCACCGCUUCCAGUCCUGCGCGUACCGCAGCAACCAGUGGCGCUACCGGGGCCGCUGCGACAGCAUCCAGUUCGCUGUCGACAAGAGAGUGUUCAUUGCUGGCUUUGGGCUCUAUGGCUCCAGCUGUGGCUCGGCAGAGUACAGUGCUAAGAUUGAACUGAAGCGACAAGGGGUUAUCCUGGGCCAGAACUUGAGCAAAUACUUCUCGGAUGGUUCUAGUAACACUUUUCCUGUGUGGUUUGAGUACCCGGUGCAGAUUGAGCCUGACACCUUUUACACAGCGAGCGUGAUUCUGGAUGGUAACGAACUCAGCUACUUUGGACAAGAAGGAAUGACAGAAGUGCAGUGUGGGAAGGUGACUGUUCAGUUCCAGUGCUCCUCGGACAGUACGAAUGGCACAGGGGUACAGGGAGGACAAAUUCCUGAACUCAUAUUUUAUGCUUGAAUGGGAGUGUGUGCAUACAAAGCGUUUUGCUAUGAAGAACCUGUCUGGUUCAGGCCUACUGAUUCUUAGCUUUUUAUCUGCAGAUAUGUGAUCAGUACAGGGAAUAUGUAACUAAAUGCUGUGGGCAAGUUCCUGGCUUGCUGUACUUGUAGCAUCAUUGGUGAUUGAGUGUAAUAUUUAAACUGGAAGCUCUUAGAAACAAGCAAGUUUUAAAGGCUUUGUAAGGGGGGUGCCUGUUUGCUGGUGAUGCUGACCCUUUCUUUGCUGAUGCUAAUACCAGUGAAUCACCAGAGGAUGUCCCCCUCUUGUAUCUCAACACUGUCUUCAUUGAUCCAUUUUUUUUCUUUCUCCAUUUUCUGCUUUCUGCUUGUAUUGGGGAGGUAGGGGUAGAAAACAAAGAGUCUUGUUUUAUAGCUCUCUCUGCUGUCUGCUCUGCAGACUUUAGACAUUGCUGCUUUUGACCAUGGGGGCUGGAAGAAGUCCUUCAGUUGUAAGCAGAAAAAGCACAACUUUAAACCUUCAUCCUGUAGAUUCUCCUGUAGCCAACUGUUUGGGAUGGCUCCAGGGGAAGAUGGGAAGAAGGCAGCAUCUUUCAGGAAGCUCCACCAGCCAUAUCCCCAGUGCAUGGACAUGUUCACAGGGAGGAAGGGAUGUGGGCUUGGCAAGUUACCCUUGGAGUUCAUUUUCUAGGAAUCCCACCUUGAAGGCAAGGAAGUACUUGCAUGUGUUCAAAUUGUGCGUGCAGCUCUUGAAACUCUGCUCCCAUCACCCAGGUUUUGCUACACUGGAGUUGAUAUGCUCUUUAAAUGGCAUUUCUCUGAACCCUUGCUAAAAAAAAUGGGAAUUUAUAUCAAUCAUCUGAUGCAGGAUAAUUUUUUGUUUGUUUUGGGUGGGUUUUUUCUUCUUCCUAAACAUGGUAGAGGCAGAUUUUACAGGAAGAAAAGAAUGUAUCAAUCUUGACUUGGAUUUUUUUCUGUAAUAUGAGAUUUUUUUUCUUUUUAUUACCAGUUGAAAUUUAGACAAAGACAGGAGAUUCCCAACUGUGGUCAUGUUACACUUAGUGUAUAAUAGCAGUGAGGGGGAGGAAGUCUCUCCUAAUGGGUUAUUGUUGGAGCUCUUGCAAUUGCUUAUGGCUGCACAUCAGUCAGAGGAUUAUGUGGUCUGGAACCUUUUCCCUGGCUGAUUUUUUCCCCCCAGGAAAUUACAUGUCCAUAUCAUUUUUGGUGAUGUAACAGAAGUUACAUGUCUGUAUCAUUUUUGCAGAAAUAUGAGGGAUACUCCUUGGCUCAGGGGAGGAAACCAGUAUAAAUAAGAACUACAGGUACUGUUGAAACAUGAGAAAAUCCUUCAUCACUGCACUGGGACAGUGUUCCUCAAAGGCUGCACUGCCCAUUGUAAAGCAGCCUGCUUCACCUCCAAAAUGGGUUCUGUUUGUUGUGUACCUUUGAACAAAAUGAGAGGACCAAAUGAUUCUUUAGACCUGCUGGAGAUUAAUGUUACAGUAUAUCCACACAUUAAUGUAGCAUAACCCUCAAUUCACUUGUCAGUUCUGUAAUAAAAAUGUUUUUCUCAUCUCAUUUUACCAGUUUAAUGCUGU